CUCAGCCUCUUCCGCUGCCGCCGUGGGAAUGGAAACAUCUGGCCCACGUGCCGGAAGCCCGCUCGCGGCGGCGACGGCGGCGCGCCACUCCGUGUCCUAUCGCGCCAAACCCCUGCGGCUGUCAUCGCGAGACGAGCUCGUCGAAAUGGCCGCUUCCAGUCAAGGAAACUUUGAGAGAAAUUUUGAGUCACUGGACCUUGCAGAAUUUGCUAAAAAGCAGCCAUGGUGGCGCAAGCUGUUUGGGCAGGAAUCUGGGCCCUCAGCUGAAAAAUACAGCGUGGCGACCCAGCUGGUAAUUGGAGGUGUCACUGGAUGGUGCACGGGUUUCAUAUUCCAGAAGGUUGGAAAGUUGGCUGCAACAGCUGUGGGAGGUGGAUUUUUUCUCCUUCAGCUUGCAAACCAUACUGGGUACAUCAAGAUUGACUGGCAGCGAGUAGAGAAGGACAUGAAGAAAGCCAAGGAACAACUGAAGAUCCGUAAGAGCAGCCAGAUACCCAGCGAGGUCAAAAGCAAAGCAGAGGAGGUAGUGUCAUUUGUGAAGAAGAACAUUCUAGUGACUGGUGGAUUUUUCGGAGGCUUUCUACUUGGCAUGGCAUCCUAAAGAGGUCAACUUCACUUCCAUUAUUCCUGUGUUUUCCAGCCAGCAGCCUCUACACUCCGUCAUAGACAUCAAGUAUCUCCUGCUUCUCUUCUUCUGUGCCUUCCUCCCUGCUGCGGCAUAUCUGAAUGGCUUCUAUAGGCAUCUGUCGGUACAAGUUGAUAUGGCCCUACUGUGAGCUCGAUGGCAACGGAAGAGACCAUAGACGUUAGCUCUUCUCCCAGCACACUCCCCACUUGACUAAUCUGUAGGUCAGCAAAAAUGUUCCUUUCCCUCCUCCGAUAUAAGAUACUUAACAGAGCAUGGUAUAAGAUGGCCCAGCUUGGAGGAUGAGUGGAUCCUCAGAGGUUGUCCCAGACUUUCUUUGGAAAGAAAUAAUAAGCAUAUAGAUACCUUAUGUGUUGCAUGGAAAGGAACUGAAUAUAUUUGCCUUUAAGCAUGAAAGACUUGGUAUCUUGGUGUCUACUUUCUUUUUUUUUAGUUGCUUUUAGAUUACAGAAAGAGAGCUAUUUAUAUGCUUGCUGUAAUUAUCCUGACCAAAAUGGCAGAAUAAGCACUAUAAUUGAAAAAUCUGAAUAUGGAAUGAACUUGUGCUGAGCUGAAGGUAUUGUGUUUGGAGGGAAUGUCUUUAGGGAAACCAACCAAUAGAUACAUCGUUGAAUGGUCAAACUUAGUGAAUCACUUUAGGGUGUUAAGAUACUAUCCAGGGAUGUAUUCCACCAUAAAGCAACUCAUGGCUAUUUCCACAGGGUUUUUUCAUGGUGAAAUAAGUGACUUUAGGUGGGAGACGGAAGAAGCUCUUGGAUUUUUAUCUCAUAGGAACGGUUUUAAGCUUUGAAACGUUAAGUAUUAUUUACCUCUUGUCAAAACUUUAGGGGUAGCCAUAGUUCCUGUGUGAAAUUCUACUACUUCUCUACCUAGUUGGUAUGAAAUAUCUCACAUUUGAGCCAUAGUUUUAAAGAGCUGGUGUUCCAGGCAUUCAGAGUGGAGAACAAUAGCAGCGACAUGUGUGAAGUAAAUUAUUGCCAUCCUCCAACAUAAUGUGCUGUGUCAGUGACCCCACCUCUUCGAAUUAUUCUUCAAAAUAAAAGUUUACGGACACAUACA